AGAGGUGAUGUAACAUUUCAUUCAAUGUUGAAUGAAGUACCCCGUUAGUUGAACUAUGGCUGGGGAAACAGAUAUUGUGUUAAACUAUCAUAACAGUCUGUUACGGGUAUCUGAUUACGAGUUACUGGAUCCUCCCAAUUGGAUCAAUGAUAAAAUCAUUGAGUUUUGUUUCGAGUAUUUUGAACGUGAGCAAUAUCGAUACUGUGCAGACCUCCUUGCUUUCAUCAGUCCAUCUGUCAUUCAAGCUAUAAAGUUUUAUCCACAACAUGAAAUGGGAAUUUUUCUAGAUCCCCUGAAUUUGACGUCAAAGCAGUAUGUUUUUAUGGCUGUCAAUGACAACAUGGCUGCUUAUCAAUAUGGUGGAUCACAUUGGAGUUUGUUAAUGUAUAAUGGACUCAGAAAUGCAUUCUAUCAUUAUGAUUCUAUGUCUCCGUCAAAUAUGUCUAUUGCUGAAGAUUUAUGUCAAAAAAUACAGACUAAUAUGAAUGCUGACAAAAAGGCCACAUUUAAAGAAAUGGAUUGUCCACAACAAGAAAACGGUUAUGACUGUGGAAUCCAUGUGAUAGCAACAUGUGAACAUCUGGUUCGUCAGAAUAUCGAAGCUUACUCUGUUCCUCUUGAGUGUAGUAUAUCCACUAAACAAAUACGGAAAAAACGACAAGAAAUCAAAGAUCUGAUCUGCUCAUUGAAAAAAUGUUCUUAGUUUACAAAGCAUUUAAUUUGGACUUUUCGUUUUGAAUCUCUUUGAUUUCAUUGAUCAUACUCUUUUGCUGAUAUUUCAAAGACUUCGUCAAAGAUAUUCAAUCAUUCAAUAUUGUGGGAUUUAGAAGGAUAAAUCCACACGAGAAAACAAAAUGAUGUAAUUCUGAAGGAUUACUUAUCAAAUUAUCACA